UGGAAGAAAUCUUUUAUAUUGUUGGUAAUGAAUGUGUCGCCUUCUGCUAUUGGUUAAAAACUCCACCCUGGUAACUAUAUUGACAUCUGGAAAUUGACGUGUGCAUGUAGCAAUUAAAAUUCAAUGGAAAGUUGUGGCUAAUAGGUUAAAUAAAUAAGUUAUUUAUAGAUAUAUUGAUGUCUUGCAACUGAAUUUUGGAUCACUAGCUAACUAAAAUGGAGAUAGAUAUUUUAUGAUGCUGUGUUUCGGUAAUUAAUCGGGGAUUAAUUACGAACAAUAAUUAAGUGAUAUCCUUACAUUGUUCUAAUUGGGAGAUUUUGUUUCAAAAUGCCGAAAAAAGGAAAUCCUGCUGACUAUAAUUCCAGUAUAUUCUCCCCUCGUUUGCCUCCAUUGAGACCAAAACUGUUCAAGGAAAAUCGUCUACAGAUCUAUGAGAUCAUAAGGCAGGCAGAAAAAGAUUACAAAUUUAAGAAAGAUGAAGUGUUCAAACGAAUGAAAGUCACGACAUUUGUACAACUUAUUGUUCAAGUAGCAGAAUAUGAAAACAGACAUAGCACACAGUCAACAAUAGGUAAUGGAAAUUACACUGACAGACCAGACACUGCAGAUCUGGAGGUUCAACACAUACAGAGGGGCAGCCCCGCCCCCUCACUAGCAGUCACGGAGGGGGACUAUGGGGAGGGGCCCAGAACAGGUGCCAGGUCCACACUUCAGGGAGUUGUGAAGGGGGUAGGUGAGGUGGAUACUGCCAGACCUGCCCAGCCCCCAGCUAAAGUGGAGGAUUUCUCCUGUCCCUACUUGCUGCUCGACAUCAGAGACUCUGACUCCUUCGAGGAUUGUCAUAUAAUCACAGCAAAGAAUUAUCCCAAAUCCAUGUUAUCAAGGGCAACAAACUACGAAUCAAAAGACAUGUUAGCUUUUAAAAACCAGCCCGGGAAGAUCAUAGUUAUAUAUGAUGAAGACGAGAGGUUAGCUCAUGAAGCAGCUACGACAUUAGUACAAAGAGGAUACGAUAACUUGUUUUUAUUAUCUGGAGGGAUGAGGAUAGCGUACCGGUAUUUCCCAGACGGUCUGAUGACCGGCACACCGAACCAAAACAUCACAGAAAGUACCAAACCCCCCAAAACCAAGGAGAAGGCCUCCCAGAAGUCCUUCACGACCUUUGACCUGGAGAAACUCCACACCCAGUUAGACAGUCAACUCUCUGACAGGAGUGUAGGAAUAAUUUACACCAGUAUCAAAAACUUCAUCUCAGGUCGGUUGUCUAAUGCCAGUACAAUGUCCAGUAGAAUGGGUCAGACCAGUACGUCCCGGACCACUAGUAGUGUAUCAGGGUCAGUAACGGGACGUCCACCCUUCAAACCCUGCUAGUCUCGCUCCUCAAUCACAUCACAGGCUCUGCGCUUGAUAUAUGAAUUCAAGUUCAGAUACCAAGUUCUACAACUCCAUCUCCAACAUUUUCUGAGAGAGAGAGUCGCCUCUCUUUGAUUUGCAUCUAUCUGCGUAUGGAGUUCUGCCAGCUAACUUUCUCUAAUCAAUAACGACCUUUAAAUCCUUUUUACAAUGUGUCAUGGACUCUAAAGGUUUCAAAUUUAUUAAUUGAAAUACCUUCUCUGAAAUGUGUUCUGUCCCAAGAGUGACUAGUAUUUCAUUAUGUUAUAUUUAAUGUAAUUGCACAUUGUCAGUUUUAAUGAAAGGUUACACAUUGUCACUGGUGCAAUAGUUAUACAGAAUCACACAGAGUAUAUGUCAAGGAGUGAGAGAAAUGAAUUCAUUGAUUGAUGAAUUGAUUGUGAAACUCCAUAUUUCAUUAUCCAUAUUUAUUUUUUAAUGAUUUUUCUUUUCUUUUUUUUUUUUUUUUUCAAAUUAUACAUGUGUAUUAAUCAAAAUGUUCUUUAUAUCUGAAUAUAUAUUACAAUGUAAUGUAUUUAAUAACAAAUAUUCUGUAUAUGAAGUUGAAAAUCUCAUGAUGCAAGUUAAUUAUGUUUAUAGUUUAAACUUGGUAGAACACUGAAUUGAAGUCCGUCCAUACAUGCACACUUAUAUUAGGUUGGAACAAUUAUAUACCUGGAUUUUUUAGUUUUGAGAGGGAGACAUUCUUGAAUGCUGAAGUUGUGAAAGAAUUGGUUGACUGAAUGUCAUUAUUUAUUUUUUUUGUGAAUAAAACAUGGUAUAUCAAAUGUUGACAAGGC